AUGGAGCUAAACCCUGGCAGGGUGACACGGGACAGCGGGACCCGCCUGUUCCUCUUCCCCUGCCCGCAUCAGGCAGAGAGGCGGCUGGAGCACAGGAGCUGGACCUCUCCGUGGCGGGAGCUACCGGCCGCCUUCCUGAGCCGAGCGUGGGGUUUGCAGUGUCUGAAGCUGCAGCACAACCAGCUGCGGGAGCUGCCCGCCGACUUCUUCACCAACGCUACGGCUUUGCAGACCCUCUGCCUGGAGAGCAGCCCCCUCUCCGCCGUGCCCCCCGCCGCCUUCCAGGCCAGCCUGCGCUUCCUGGCCGUGCCGUGCCGCUGUGACAUAGUGAGCAGCACCUUGGCACCCUGCACCGGCUCCCAGCCCAGCUGCACGGUGCCCCAGUGCCUCUGCCACAUGUCCCAAGACGGAUUAAACGCCACCAAUUUCCAUGACCCGGCACUCAGGCAAAAUGUGAGGUUGAUACCUGGCUCGGUCGGGGCCGCCGCCGUGGUGGCCGUGCUGCUGGUGGUCAUCGCCGUGGUUCUCUACCGGUGGAGGAAAGCAGCUACCGCUGCUGCCAGCGUGGGGUGGAAUAAGAGGGAACCCACCGCAGCUCAGGGGCAGCCCCGCUACGUCAGCCGGGACACUGAGAUCGGCACCACCGACGCCACCACCUCGCUGGACUACGAAAACAUCUUUGUGAGCCCCUCCGCCGCCAGGGCCGCCACGCAGGGCUGGACGCCAGGAUGGCAGGAGAAGCAGUACAGCCCCCAGGUACCAGUGGACGACAACUAUUUCUUGGAGAGCGAGCCCGUCUCCGGUGACCAGCCCAUCUACGCCAACGUGCAGAACUACAGCGAGGACAACAUCUACAUCGUCCCGGGCCAGUGAGGGGCUGGGGGGGCUGGGGGGGCCGGCGGGGUGAAGCUCUGUUUCCCACCAAUGCUUCUCCCCAGGGCUUUCCCUGGUGGGCCCCCAGCCCAGAGGGGAUGGGGAUGGGCACUCCCCAUCGAUGAGCACUCCGUGGGUCUCCCCAUGGCUGGGACGGGGACGUGCGUGGUCUGCACGCACACAUCCUGCCAUGGACGCCUUUCUCGGGGGGGGUGUUAUUUUUAAUUCCCCCUCCCUCCGGCCCCCUCUUUCGCCCCAGUUCCCACCGUGGGGCGAGGGCUGAGGGCUGGCGCUUCCUCCUGGGGCCGGCGGCCACCGACCGCGGGGACGCCUCAGCGCAGCAUCCGCCAGCAGCCGGCACGCCGGAGCCUUCCCGGCCGGGGACGUGCGUGGGGGGCCCUCCCGGGGCCGUCUGGCAGAGCGGGGGGCUGUGCAGCGACCGCAGCGCAAGGUUCCUCUUCCCCUUUUUGGCUGCCAAUGGAGAGUGUCAGGGUGCACGUGCGCUUGGGGACAUGCCAGCCGUUGGGGACAUCCAGGCACCAGGUCAAACCCUGCUGUCGCCUGCACCCUGCCUUUUCCUGCUAAAUCUGCUAGUUUGGGGAACAGAGCAAAAGCACCUUUUUUUAAUGCUCCUGGAAAGAUCCCUGAGCCCAUCGCUGCUGGGUUGUACACCCCGAGGGGACUGGCAGCCUGGGGACGUGGGGACCCCACGGAUUGUCUGGGUGCCCCCUCCAGCUCCGCAUGGGCUCCCUGAGCUCUGGCCCUUGUGAUGCUCCACCGUGCCCCAUUAAAUGGUUUAAUUUUCUUAAA